GACUUAAGUCGGUUAUUUCUACUUUUUUUUUCAAUGACAAUAAUAGUUGAUUCGUAUUUUCUUCAAUUAAAUCAAACCUGGUUUUAACUUUACUACUGUGUUAUUCAGAAUUUAUUACAAUAUAUUAUCGUCGGGAACCACCAUUGUUUUGAUAAAAUGUUGAAUUGAAAAUAAGGCCAAGUUGAAGACAAUGAGUUUAGAAAAUGUAUUUCAAGACUAAAAACAAGGCAAUGUAUUGCCAUGAAAAAUGAACAAAACAAUGUAUUACAUUUUAGGUACAAAACUGUGGACAAUUGGGCAUAGGUGAAAAAUAAUAUUGUCGUCACAUAGUAUCGUUGUACAAAGCGGUUUGACAUGCAGCUUCCGUCGUCCAGCAGUACCGUCGACGGUAAGCCGCCGCACACGCCCAACACGGUGGUAUUGUCGCCCGCGAAUCUGCCGCCACUGCUGUGACAUGACGCGGACAACACGCGAGCCGUCGGCAGCAGCGUGCGCUUGAGCGGCCGCCACGCGUAGUGUACGCGCAAUGCCGUUGAAAAAGAAACGCAACAACAUGGUGGUCGCGCUGCUCACCAUGGCCGCCAUGAGCACCGCCACCGCCGUGUUCUAUUACAACAAUUACCUGACGGCCGCCUGCUGCGCGGCCACCGCGUCCUCGUCGUCGGCGGCCAGCGCGGCCGGCGAGCACGACCGCCAGCGGGCCGCCAAGUACAGGUCGUUCGGGGCGUCCCGUCCGCAGCCGUCCCAACGUGACAAGGGCGAUUACACCGUUUGCGAGGUGCACGGACCGCUGGAUCCAGGCUACGACCGCGACCGUCAGUUAAUGCUGACCGCUCGUAGCACCGACCAGACCAAUUACACCGACGAUUCGGUGCCGACAAACGCCUCAGCCAGAGCUGCGGUCGAGGGCACGAGCACCUCCCCGCCGGCUUUGAUAUACUUCAUAACGCCCACUUACCCUCGCCGGGAACAAAUAGCCGAACUCACCAGACUCGGUCAGACCCUGAUGCUCGUGCCCCGAAUCCACUGGAUCGUGGCCGACGACCGACCCGACUGCAGCCAACAGCUGACGGCGUUGCUGCCCGACUUCGGUAUACCUUACACGCACGUGGCCAGUCCAAUGCCGGCCGUGUACAGGCGCAAAGCCGCGGCCUUGCCCCGAGGGGUGUCCAACCGCAGGGCCGCGCUGGACUGGAUCCGGCACAACCACGACAGGGCCGACCCCAACGCGGUGGUUUACUUUGGCGACGACGACAACACCUUCCACUUGGAUCUGUUCAAAGAGAUCCGGACCACCAAGAAGAUUUCCAUGUUUCCCGUGGGCCUGGUCGGAGAGUACGGCGUCAGCUCACCAAUAAUAGACAAAGGUAAGGUGGUUGGGUUCUUCGACAGUUGGCCGGCCAAGAGGAAGUUCCCCGUGGACAUGGCCGGGUUCGCCGUCAACGUUCAACUGAUCUUCCAACACCCUUAUGCCACCAUGCCUUAUCAAGUUGGCUUCGAAGAGGAUCGCUUCCUAAUGGCGUUGGGCGUCCGGCUGGAAGACAUCGAGCCCAAAGCGGAAAAUUGCACCAAGAUUUUGGUGUGGCAUACACAAACGGCCAAAAAACCUAAUCCGGUCGUUAUGGUCAAAUCAAAAUCCACUCUACCUGGCUCGCUUGCAACACUUCUAGAUCAAAUAUCGAUCCUGGGCAUAGGCAAUGUCAGCGAAACUGCAGGUAUCAAAAGUUAUAUGACGAAAAAUGGCAAUAUUUAUCGACUGUAAGCGUCUAGAAUUUGUCGCCAUCGUGAUAAAAAUUAAAUUUGCGUACACGUUGUCGUUUAUAAUAUUGACGAUGAGUUUAAAAUACAUUCGACUAAUUGUUAUAGCACGUACACCGUUUUCCUGGUCGUACAUGGUUUUCUCUUUUUAAAUGUAAUUUUAAUUGUUUUUGUUUGUCAAUAUUGUUGUUAUUGUUGUAAUAAUUUUUUAGCAAUAGUUUAGCGUAAGUCUGCGUGUGUGUAUGUAAUAUUGUGUUAAUUCAAUAGCGUAAUAUUCUAGUUGACGCGAUGGAUUUUCGUUAUUGAAACUGUACUUGAGAAAAAUAAAAAGAUAAAAAUAAAACAAUUUAACUUUUUGCUCAACAAAUUGAUCGCCGUCGUCUUCGUCGACACAAUUUACAAGAAUGUACUCGUUACAAACGCUAGUCAAAAUUAUUAUACUAAGUUAAUAACUGAAGUUUAUUAUGUAACGAAAAAAAAAAAACAGCACCGAAUCGAUAAAUACAAUA